GUUCUUUCCCGGGGCUCUUUCCUGGGGCGCCUUCUCUGGGCUCCCCGCCGGGGAUUUUUCCCGAGGCUCUUUGCCAGGGCUCUCGGAGGGCUCGGCGGCGGCCGCGGGCGCUGCGAGGCGUUAGCGAGACAUCUCCGCCAUGUCGGGGGGAGGCACCGCCGACUGCGGGCUGCAGUUACUUUUGAAGCCGUUUCAGGAUGAGCUACAGGAAGCAAUUUCUGAUUAUGCAACAAGAAAGGAAAAAGUUGAAUAUUCCGACGAUUUUGAAAGUGAUGAAGAUGGCAUGUUAAAUGAUGUUGGGAAAGAAGGUGCUGAAAGUAAUUCAGGUUCUGCAAGCACUGAGAGAUCUGUUGCUGGGAGUCCUCUCUUGAAUGAUGAUGCUUCACAAAACGUGGUAGAUUUGGAAAACGAAGCUGCUGAUGACUUGAACUUAUCCUUUCAAGAAAAGAGGCUUCAGCAGAUAAUGGUUUUAGAAGGUGAAAGCAUACAGAAUGACAGAAAACAUGAUGAAGAAGGAUGUGUGGAAGAUCAAAUUGAGGAUAAUGACAGAAAAAAUAAUGAAGUACUGCAUGAUAAUAGUGAAAGUAAUGACUUGCCUAUUAAUGAGCUACAUAAAAAGAGAAAUCAAGAGGAAAACCAACCAAAAGCAAAGCCUCGGAUGCACAAAAAAGGAAAUGGUUCAGCAUCAGAUCAAGAUCAGAAGAAGACUGCCAGCACCAGUGAGUUGAAACUGGAGGACAAUGGUAGGCAAUCCCCUUCUGUUGACAGCUCAGAUGGAAUGAUGAAAAUAGCAGAAGGGCAAAUAAUAACUGAUACAAUGCAGGAGGUAUCAGUGAAUGAUCAGUCUGAGCAUGGAGAGGCGAAGAACACAUCCAAGAGCUCCGUCAAGAAACUAAAUGAAACAAAAGAGAGAGUUCUACAAAACCCAGAGGCUUCUUUAUCUGACAGGUCUACAACUUUUGCACAUUUAAAGAGAAAGGGGAAAGCUGUUCCAUCAACUUCACCUGUUUCAUCUCAGUAUCUGGGAUCAUUAAAGGUGUUGGAGGAUAAACGCAUACAGAUGAAAAGUCCAGAAUUCAACAAAGUAGAUAAUUUAAGGGCAGCUGUUUAUCAGAACUGGUUGGAAAAGAAAAAUCUCCUUCUACUGGAAUUAAAGAGAAGUGAAAAGGAGAAAGCUGAAAUUCUUAGGAACAAUACUGAAAAGAAAGAGGCACUUAAAAGAGAAGAAUCAAUUGCAUGUUAUGAAGCCUGGAAAAAAAAGAAAGAGCAAGAAGCAAAGAAGUUAAGUGAAAAAAAAAAGCUUGCAGAACUUGAGGAAAAGAAACCAGAACAGACUAAGGAAAAAACAGAAGCAGCACAAGCGGCAUUCAAAAAAUGGCAAGAAAGAAAAGUGGAAUAUUUAAGAGAGCAAAGCAGGAAGGAAAAACAGUCUGAAAGAAUGAGGAAGAAGAUAGAAGAGGACCUAGUUGCAGAGAAGAGGAAAGUCAGUGUAUCAGCAAUUGAAAAAUGGAAUAAAAAGAAGGAAGAAUAUAUGAAAAAGAAGAAAGUAGAAAAAUUCCUAGAGAAAAGAAAGCGAGCAAUGCAACAGGCAAAGAAGGAAGAAAAAAGAGAAAAGGCUGUGGAGGAAUAUGAAAGAUGGCUGGAAAACAAAAUGAGGAGAGAACAACUUGAGAAGAACCGAAAGAAGUUGCAGGCUGUCCAUGGGAAUGAAAUGAGUCCUCCCUGGAGGCCACCUGGGAAAGUCACAUAUUCUAGCUAGAAGGUUUUGACAGAAGAUGGAAGUGAGAAGAUGUUGAUGACAUCUUUCAGAGGAGUGAGCGUCUUUCAGAGCUCUCGAGGAGUACCUCACAAAUUCACAACUUCUCAAUUAGAAAAGAUACUGAAGUCUGUAGACAAGGGAAAAGAGUUGAUGUAUUUGACUUUUAUAAUAAAAUUCAUUAACAUUACUUUAAUUAAUUUAUGUAAUUUACAAUUACAUUGUAAAAAUCUGGACAUGUCACAGCAUAACACAAAUGUUAUAGAAGAAUUAGAGCUGAAAAAUAUAAACAUAUGUACAUUAAUGUAUAAGAAUAUACAUAUAUCUGUAUAGAUACUAUCUAUAUAUUUAUUGAUGACAGAGGGAAAAUAUUUUGUAUUUAAUAAAGUAUAUUUUAGUACAAUAGCCUCAAUAUUGUCAUUGGAGUUUAAGAUACAAAUCCUUGUUUAAAGCCUUAAUGUAUGGAAAUUAACUAGGCAGUGUCUCUAAGUACAAGUUAUUCUUUCAUCAUUGUUAACAUGACAAGUAGAUGGGAUGUUCAGUGGGAACUGUAUCCCAGUGAAUGUGAGCUUCUACAGCAUUCCAGCUGUCUCUUCCAGCCCCCUGCUGCUUGCUGACACACCUAUGUAAAUAUUCAUUUAAACAAUAACCUAGAAGAUGAUUAGUAUGUCUAGUUUUUUUUCCAAAGUAUUUAUUUUAGGCAUUAAGUUGCUCCAUUGGUGCACUAAAGGCACAGGUUGAUGAUAAAUAAUUUUCUGUUUCAAGUAUCCCAUUGUGGGUAAGAAAAAUUGUACAUUGUUUUCCAUUGUAUCUUUUUAUUCUUUUAUAUUCACAAAAUAUGAGAUCAUCUUACCUGGU